AUGGCAGAUUUUCACCAGAACGGCGCCGUCGCCACGCUUCACAAUCUGCGCACCCGCACGCCCGAGGAUCUCGAGCGCGAACUGAUCACCAUCACCGGCCGCCAGAAGGUGACGCUGAUCCUUCCCUCGCUCUAUUCCGAGCUCGAGGGCCCUGCCCUGCCUGCCAUUCUGGACGAACUGAACACGGUCAAGUUCAUCCACCAUGUGGUGAUCGGCCUCGAUCGCGCCACCCGCAAGGAAUACAAGGCCGCGCGCAAGUUCUUCGACCGGCUCGAACUGCCCCAUUCGGUUCUGUGGAACGACGGACCGCGCUUGCGCGCCAUCGACGAGCGCCUCGCCAGCGCCGGCCUGUCGCCGACCGAACCGGGCAAGGGCCGCAAUGUCUGGUACUGCAUCGGCUACACGCUGGCGCGCGCCGAAAGCGACGUGAUCGCGCUGCACGAUUGCGACAUCCUCACCUAUUCCAAGGAGAUGCUGGCGCGGCUGGUCUAUCCGGUCGCCAACCCCGAAUUCGCCUACCAGUUCUGCAAGGGCUAUUACCCCCGCACCGCCGACGGCAAGAUGAACGGCCGCGUCAGCCGGCUUCUGGUCGCACCGCUGCUUGAAGCCAUGCGCAAGACCAUCGGCGAACGCGACUAUCUCGAUUAUCUGCGCUCGUUCCGCUAUCCGCUCGCCGGCGAAUUCGCCAUGCGCACCUCGAUCCUGCCGGCCAUGCGCAUCCCGUCCGACUGGGGGCUGGAGAUCGGCACGCUGUCCGAAGCAUGGCGCAAUCUCGCCCCGCGGGCGGUCUGUCAGGUGGAGAUUUCCGACGCCUAUGACCACAAGCACCAGCCUUUGUCCGAGGACGAUGCCAAGAAGGGCCUGUCGCGCAUGUCGACCGACAUCUGCAAGGCGCUGUACCGGAAGCUGGCGACCGACGGCACGGUGUUCUCCAAGGAGACCUUCCGCGCGCUCAAGGCGAGCUACUACCGCACCGCGCUCGACUUCGUCGAAGCCUAUUACAACGACGCCCGCAUGAACGGCCUGCAUGUCGACCGGCACAAGGAGGAGCGCGCGGUCGAGCUGUUCGCCGGCAACAUCGUCGAUGCGGGCAAGACCUUCCUCGACAACCCGAUGGAAACGCCCUUCAUUCCCGCCUGGUCGCGCGUCCAGGCCGCCGACCCGGACCUGGUGCGGGAUCUGUUCGAGGCGGUGCAGGCGGACGAUGAGGAAUUUGCGUAG